UGUUUUCAAUAUAUUCGUACUAACCUAAUUUGUACUGUAUUUUAUACAUAAAGGUGAGCGUAACGGUAUGCGCUCAUUAAAAAACGAUAUAUUUAAGUAUUUAUAAUGCAAUAAGACUUAGAAAACUCAUUAAAACCAACAAUUUCAAAGGGAAAUCUAAACGCAAUUUCAUUGGUCAAUGCGAUGUGACGUCUCACCGUAUAUAAAUGGCGGAUUGUUUACCUUUUCACCUUGGUAGAUAGUGUUGUGUCGUAUGUUUAAAUUAUAUUGCGGGAUUGUUUCGUGGAUUAUAAACUUGAAAUGUCUUCAGAGAACUUUGUGAAAGCGUCCUCAAACAAUUUGCCAUCCGUAGACAUUUUUAUGGUGAUGGAAUUUAUAAAAGAAGAUGAUCGUUUUAAUGCAGCUGAAUUCAGAAAUGUGAAGGCAACAACAGCAACUCGUGAGGCAUAUGGUGAUAACGCCAUUGGAUAUGUGGAAUUGAAGAGGGAGGGCCCUUUGUGCACUUUACAGUGCAAAAUAUGCCCAGAACACAGAGUCCGUUCGAAGAAUUAUGCCGUAUCUUUAAUUGUCGAUGAGGAGGAAGAAAAAAUAGUAAAUGUAAUCUGCAAAGAUUGUGCGGCUGCGGCAGGUAAUUUGUUAUCUAUAAAAUUAUGCUGAGUAGCUCUUUAAUAACAAUUUUUAUAGGCCAUACAUUUUUAAACAUGCACAAUGUUAGGUAGUCAUUGAUAGUAAUAAAAACAAUCUAUAUAAACAUAAAUUCACUGCAGAAAACAAAUCAAAACCGUAGAACGCGUGCUGUUUAUAAUGACAGUUCCAGUGUUUACAUGCACUGUGACGUAGUUGAGAACAGGUGACCGUACAAACGCGCGGCUGUCCGUUUACGCGGCAAAUUUCUGAUUUCGAAUUUUAUUUUGAAAUUACUCGAAAAUGAAGGCUCGGAUAUUUUUUUAAAAUGUGUAGCUCGUUUAUACGGCCAAUGGGCUUUCGUUUUGUCCAGUUUUUAAAAAAUGUGAAAACACCCUAUUGACACAUACCCGCUACGCUCAUGUGUCAAACUUUGUACAUGAAAAACUCACAUUUUCCUCUGUAGUUGUACCUAUCUUUAUAUCAUUUGAAAAUAAAACAAGAACUCCUGGUUCGUGAACCUUGAAACGUGAAAACCUUUCAGAAUAUAUUAAUUUAUUUUAGUUUUGAGCAGGUUUUGUGGAAGCAAAGUGAAAUGUUAAAUAGUUAUCCUCGUCUCUGUAGCAAAACAAGAUUUAUAACCACACCUAAUUUAAGGGCAAUAGUAGGAAGGGUUGUCACAUAUUUUUCUCUGACAGGUUUACCACUUUAACCUUCACUUAGAAGUGUGGGUCUCAAUGAAUAUACCAACAAAGCGAGUGUUUUAAAUAAAAAAAAUGCUUAUUACAAUAAUCGUACCUAUAGAUGGACCUAUUUUGAUUAUACAGGAUGAGGAUUAAGUUAAAUGGCCUCUGUUUAGCUGCAAGAAAUGCGCUAACAUGUGGUCUUUUAAAAAUCGAUAGAUUUCAGUUUUUCUUAAUAAUUCCUAAUCAUAUUUGAAAUGUUAAAUUUCCUGUACCGAAUUGUUUUAAUUACCUAUCUAUAGUAUACAUAUCAGAUCUGUUACAAAAAGUAAUUGCUGAAAUAAACGG